AUGAUAGGUACCAUGGUGAUGAGGACGAUGCUACAAAGGUCACCACAUCAUAUGGAAACUAAAGGUGAGCAGGACAUGAAGAAGGUCACCAUGUCAUAUGGAUCUCAUCAAAGUGAGGAGCACUCAUUGAGAAUCACCAUGCCAGAAAACAAACAAAGUACAAGUGAGAAAGGUGACACAAGUAAAGGGGACAUCCAUGACCAUGAUGUUCGCAGCCACAGCCACAGCCACAGCCACAGCCACAGCAGCGGCAACAAUCUAGCAGAUGUUUUCUUCUUUCACGAUGUCCUACGUCCAGGGUCCGUAAUCACGCCGACCAUUCCACCGACCACCUCCUUACCAUCUCUGCUGCCUCGCCGCGAGGCUGAUGCCCUCCCGUUCUCCACCGAGCGCUUCCCCGACAUCCUUGCCAUGUUCGCGCCAACGUCCGAUGCCAUGGGAAAAGAGAUAUGGUGGACGCUUGACACCUGCGAGAACCCACAGCUGCUCCCUGGUGAGAAGGCUGCCUGCGCCACCUCCCUUGAGUCUCUCGCUAAGCUUCCUGUCGCCCUCCUCGGGACACGCAACGUCCGUGCUUUCUCUGGUGACAUGCCCACCGAUCCUACGGGCACAUCGGCGCAACGCGGGAGGUACAAUGUAACGGCCGUGCGGAAGCUCUCCAAGUCACUGACUGCAGCGACAUGCCAUGACCUGACAUACCCCUACGCAGUGUUCUACUGCCACACGACCAACCCAGUAGCCACAUACCUGGUGAAGCUAGUGGCCCAGCAUGGCAGGGUGCCAGCCAUGGAGGCGUUGGCUGUGUGCCACCUCGACACAUCGCUGUGGAGUCCCAGACACCCAUUCUUAGUGGCGCACAGUAUCAAGCCAGGGGAUGCAGUCGUGUGCCAUUUUCUCUCUAAGCUGAGCAUCGUCUGGGUCCCCGUUGGCGAGCAGGGAGGCAUGCGUGAAGCCUAG